AUGAAAAAGAUGCAGUUAUUCUAUAUUUUUGAGCUUAAUGAACCUAAAAAAGCGAAUGUUGCUGCCGAAGAACCCAAAAAUUUGAGCAUUGAAUGGCCACCUAAUUUUGAUUUCGAAACAUUGUUCAGAAAUACAAGAAGAAAAGAGAGGGCCCCAAAUGCAUUCAUACUUUUUCGUAUAAAAUAUUUGGAAAGUCUUCAACAAGUCGGCGUUAAUUGGCCAAUGCCUAUUGUAAGUCGCAUGGCUUCUGCAGCUUGGAAACGUCAACCAGAUGAUGUUAAAACAAAAUAUGAAUCGUUAUCAUUUGCUGCAAGUCUUCAUUGGUCCAAAUGGAAUCCAAAGCCAAAUCAAAGAUCCGUUAAAAAACCAGGCGGCCAGAGACGAAGAUCUCAACAGCCAAUAAUAACAGCAUAUGAUGCUAACUUAAAUGCACCAUCAAACGACUCUG